CUUGGGAGUGUCUUUGGGGGAGUCUUUCAUCAUGGCGGCUUUGCGACCCCAGAUCGUCUGCUUCGCCUCGAUCGCCAUCCCCUAUUUCUCCCUCCUGCCCCUCCCCGCCGAGAGAAAAUGAGGCCCUUUCCCUCCUUCUUCUCCUCCGGCUCAUGACUGUGCCUUGAACCACCAUGUUCAUCUCCGACUGCGAUCCCGACGAGGGCCUGUCCUCCAGUGUCGCCCGCGGCCCCGACCCACGCGUGUUUGACAAGCCCCCUUACUUCGACACCACCAUUCAAGUCGGCUCGAUCGGACAGCCUCCAGCGAUUGACUCAGGGGGGCUAUCCUUACAGAAAGGGUACGAGCUGCAGGAUUUGGGCCCGGUUGGUGAGGACCAGGGAAAUGCCUCAACGGUUACUGAACCGCUGUUGAGGGAAGAGGGACCUGUCUCUUGGAAUAACCAGCAGGGCACCUCGACUGAUGCUGCACACCCAUUGUUCCCGCCGUUACCAUCCUACGGCCCACCCUCCUUGAUUUCCUCCGUUCAGUGUAUCAUUAUUCGAUGCGUAUCGUUCGUGUUGUCCCUCGUUUUCCUCAGUACCGUCAUCCUAGGCGCCCUCGUCCACACCGCCAGCGCUUCUGUCUCGCAACUCCGUCACAAGAUCGGUGGACAGGCUUCCCCCACACCGAGAAAGUUUGAUGCGGAAGAGCGGUCACGACGAGUUGAGCGCAACCAGGCGUUCCGGAGGUGGAGUUACCGACAAGAGAAGGAGGUGGACGAAGAGGGACUAGAUGAAUGCCCGCCCCUGGAAGGGGGCAAGGAUCCGAUCGUCUGCGAUGUGGCCUACUACGCUAGACGGGUUGGGCUAGACGUGGAGACCUUCAAAGUUCAGACGGAGGAUGGUUUCGUUCUCACGCUAUGGCAUGUCUACAACCCGCAGGAAUACACCCCCUUGCCUCCUAAGGCCCGGCGCCCUCGGGGACCACACGUUUUCACCGGCCAGAAGAGCCCCGAGACCUUUCGUUUUCCGCGCAAAUACCCCGUUCUCCUGAUGCACGGACUGCUGCAGAGUGCCGGCGCCUUUUGUGCCAACGAUGACGACAGUCUUGCAUUCUUUCUCUGCAAAUCGGGCUACGAUGUUUGGCUCGGAAACAAUCGCUGCGGCAUGGUGCCGGAACAUACAAUGCUGUCUCAGUCGGACCCGCGGAUGUGGACGUGGAACAUCCAGCAGAUGGGCGUGCUGGACCUGCCGGCGCUUGUUUCGCGGGUGCUCUUCGAGACGGGCUUUGAGAAACUCGGUCUCGUUUGCCACUCGCAAGGCAGCGCGGAGACCUUCAUCGCGCUGGCCAAGGAUCAGCGGCCCGAGCUCGGGGAGUGGAUCUCGGUGUUUUGCGCCCUUGCGCCGGCCGUAUAUGCUGGUCCCCUGGUUGAACGAGUCUACUUUCGCUUCAUGCGGAUUAUCCCGCCCAUCGUCUUCCGGGCCUUUUUUGGCAUCCAUGCGUUCAUCCCGUUCAUGAUGACGGUGCACCGCCGGCUACACCCGCGUAUCUACGGCACCCUGGGAUACUACGUGUUCUCGUUCCUGUUUGGGUGGAAGGAUGCACGCUGGGACCGGGGACUCCGCGAUCGAAUGUUCCAGUUUGCGCCCGUGUAUGUCAGCGCGGAGGCGAUGCGGUGGUGGUUGGGCGGCGAAUGCUUUGCCAGCCAGAAAUGCAUUCUAGCCACGCGCGAGGUCACGCUGGCGGAGGCGGAAGAAGAUCAUCGUGUGGAGCGGGGCCAUGAAUCUGCACUCCGCAGCGACACGGCCUGGUAUGGCCCUCAGGCCCCUCCGGUUGCGUUGUGGAUUGCGGGAUCGGAUGGUCUCGUGGACGGCCAACGGUUGCUGCACCGUCUCCAAAACGGGCGCGAGCCACACGUCCAGGUGGUGCACGCGAAGGUGAUCGAAGACUACGAGCAUUUGGAUGUGUUGUGGGCGAUGGAUGCGAUCGACCAGGUGGGCCAGGAAGUGCGGCAGGUUCUUUGGCAGACGAUGCCGCAAGAGGCACGGACCUUUAACCCCGACAAUGACAUUCCCGACCUCACAGGCCAAGUUUUUCUGAUCACCGGGGGCACCGCCGGCCUCGGAGCCCGCACCACCCUCCGACUGGCCCAACACCACGCCAACAAAAUCUACAUCACGGGCCGUAAUGCCCCCGCCGCGGAUGCCCUGAUCGCCUCGAUAGGCAACACGAGCAAUACCACUACUAGCAUAACUUUCCUCCCCUGCGACUUCACCUCGCUUGCCUCCGUCCACUCCGCGGCCCAAACCUUCCUAUCCCGCGAAUCCCGUCUCGAUGUCCUCAUCUGUAACGCCGGCGUUAUGGCCACCCCGCCUGAGCUGACGAUGGAUGGUACUACGGGGGUCUUCGCCCUCUCCGAGGAUAGUGAUUCUUACGUCGUUGGGGUGGCAGAUGCAUCCAUCCUGUGGGAUUGA